UUAUAAACGCCACAUUGAUAGUAAAGAGCCAUAUAUGUUGGUAAAGAAACAACUUAAACACCUGACUGCAUCUGAUCGCACUGAUAGUGGCUGUAGGAGAAAAUGUCACAACAUGGGAGUACUUUAAGUCUGGCUCAGCGGUACCACUAUGAUGUAUCAAUGAAAGGAGAUGGCAGUGAGGCAUAUGUUAUUCUACCAGGUCUCUCAUACUACGACUUCGAUAGAACAGGAAAUCCGAAUAUCUGGAAGUUACAAAAACUCUUAUCAUUAGCUCGUGGUAUCGUAUACCACGACACCACUAACUCUACUGGCAAGCCAUACGUAGAAUACAAUGAAAUGAUCAAAGACAGAUUCACUUUCAUGGCCUCCGCUGAAAUCGAACUUUCAGACGAAUUUUACAAAAUGGCAGGUUCAGUCCAAGUUCCUUUAUCUGUUCACGUCAAUCUGGGAUACAUCGGCAACUCGUCGAUUCUUAGCAUGGCUAAUGCAUAUCACGGUGUCAACAAUGGUUGGUUGAUUAAAAGUAAAAACACAAUUGUGACAGUUGACCCCGAAACUCGACGUCCAAAGCCUCUUCCUUCUUGGUGGAAAGAGAAAUACAGGCCGAUAUGCUCAGAAAGUGGUCCAUUUAAAAAAGAGAAAAUCCUCAAAGCGACGAACUGUUAUAGGUACGAAACGAAAGUCAGAUGGAGUGAUACGGAUCGUUACAAACACACUAAUCAAGCAUCAUAUAUCUACUUCUGCCUAGAUGCUGCCACUGAUGCAAGUUUGUCGAAUUUCUAUGAGAACAUUCAAGGAGAUUUUUGCAAAUACCACAUCAAAAAGAUCACUAUGGGUUACCACGGGGAAAGUGUUGCCAACGAUACUGUAGUCAUAGAAACGUGGCAAAUGGAAGAUAAAGAUACAGUACAUUUUCAAAUAUCGAAAAAAGGAAUAGAAAAUGUAAUAUUUCAGUGUACCAUUGUGCUUUCUAUAAGUAAUAACUAGUACACUUAUAUCAAUAACCAUACCCAAUUAUUUUAAGAGAUGGCACAAGAAAGAAACACGAACGUAAUUUUACUCCCUUUUCCUACUGGUAAACAACCCCCUGACCCCCCCCUGCUAUUGCUAUUUAUUGUAUAGGAGUCUAAGAAAAGGAAGGUUUAACAAAUACAGAAUUUGUUGUUUGACGCGUAUACAAACAAACGUAUCGCCAUAUGAUAACAUGAGGUAUAACACUUUUCAAAAAUGAUUUUGUUCCACCGGUGUCUUAAGUUACUCGAAUCUUCUGGAUACAUUCGAUAUUAUUUUUAUAUCCUAAACACGAGAAAAAAUGUCCUGU